UAUGGUUUCCACGGCGCAGAACUAAAUCCGAGCUGUCUAUAAACCUCGCCUCCCCCACCUUUUCUCCUUUUCAAGGGCCGCCAGCAACACUUUGGGAUCCAGUGGGCUAUCCUGUCUUGCAAACUCUUGUCAACCAAGAACUGGAGCGCAAAAGAAAAGACGCAUGCGCAACGCUGUUGCAUUGGCCAGGGUACGUCACAGUUCGUAUACCCUCUGGACGCAGCGUUCGCUCAACAGCGCCGCUGGUGUAGUGGUAUCAUGCAAGAUUCCCAUUCUUGCGACCCGGGUUCGAUUCCCGGGCGGCGCAGUUAGCUUUUGUUUUUCUGUUCAUCUCUGAUAGGCCUUGUAAUCUAAACAUCCUUCAUAACAUCCUUCAUAAGAAGGUGUGGCGCAAACGCAACAAACAAACCUUCAAUGUGACAAACACGCUGGAAACACUGGCCCUGACAAGGUCCUGCAGCUUAGAGACUCCAGUAAACCACAGCCUGCCUCUACGGGAGAUUUGAUACCUUGAUACCUACAGCCAAGCCCACCCGCCGGACGGUCUCCCGCCGGUGUGGACCCUUUUUAAGGAGUUGAGCGGCCUGACAGUUUCCCUGCAUCAGGCGGCCACUCGGUACGACCACAACUCCCGUCGUGCCCCGCGCAAGAGCUGGACCACACCUCCCGUCGUGCCCCGCGCGCAUUCCUAGUUGGGCUGGCAGCACCGCUGCGAUGAUGGUGGCUGCAGCUGCUGAGCGAAACAAGGAGCCCAUCCUGUGCGUGCUCCGCCAGUAUGUGGAUCCUGCCCAGCGCGGCGUUCGCGUGCUCGAGGUGGCCUCGGGCUCCGGCCAGCACGCCGCGCACUUUGCGCAGGCCUUCCCGCACGCCGAGUGGCAGCCGUCGGACGUGGACCAGCGAUGCCUGGACAGCAUUGCCGCCACCACUCAAGCUCAAGGGUUGUCCAAUGUGAAGGCCCCGCUGUACCUGGAUGUGACCUGGGAGUGGGAGCAAUGGGGCGGGAUCCCGCAGCGAUCGCUGGACCUGUUGCUCUGCAUCAAUAUGAUCCACAUCAGCCCCCUGAACUGCACUGAGCCCUUUGCAGUCAAUGGGAAGAUCUUUCCCCAGAGCAACGUGGACUUUGACCUGACCCUCAGAUGCAGGAACCCAGAGUGGGGGCUUCGUGACACAGCUCUCCUGGAGGAACUAGGCCAGGCCAGUGGCUUGGUCCUGGAGAGGAUGGUGGACAUGCCAGCCAACAACAAGUGCCUGAUUUUCCGGAAAGAAUAAUCUAUUCCCUGACUCCCAUGUGCCUGCAUCUCUGUCAAAGGUUCUGUCAUGGCACAAGCCCCUCCCUCAUUAAGUCAUUCCUUGGGAUAAAUUAGCCCCUCCUAGUCUGGUGGCCACAGUGCUGCAGAGAACCUGGGUCCAGUGGGCCUUGAAAUAAAGCCGUUCCAGCCCACUAUGGGACAUCUGUAA